AUGCCUGUUCCGUUUCUUGGGCGCCUUAACGUCACCGAAUAUGUCGCCCUCGUUGGGUCGUUCCUCCUUGUCGGGCUCGAGGCCAUCAUCCGCAUCUUGACCCUUGCCUUACCUUCAUCACUGCUCGAGUUGUUCUACCGGGUAUCGCGACGCUUAUUUAACCGUUUGACCAGUCCGUCACAAAAGAGAGCGGAGCGGAGAAGGAAAUCGAUAUCAACCUCGAUUCGGAACUCGUGCGACUUCGUCGAACUUUGCGCAACGUUCGGGUACACCGCUGAGGAGCACGUCGUGCAAACGAAGGAUGGAUACCUUCUUGGACUGCAUCGGUUGGCGUAUAGGAAAGGAGAGGAGGACGCCAAGGUGAACCGCGGGCCAAAGAGUAUCAAGAAGCGAGUGGUAUACCUGCACCAUGGCUUGCUAAUGAACAGUGAGGUGUGGGUAUGCCUGACGGAUGAGCAGCGCGCUCUCCCGUUUGUCUUAGUUGACAAGGGCUUUGAUGUCUGGUUUGGGAACAACCGAGGCAACAAAUACUCCAAAAAGUCGAUCCGCUCGUCGCCUACUUCGCUCAGGUUCUGGAACUUUUCGAUUGACGAAUUUGCUUUCUACGACAUCCCCGACAGCAUCAGCUACAUCCUCGAGACGACCGGCCAGCAGUCGCUUUCUUACAUUGGAUUUUCCCAAGGUACCGCCCAGGCGUUUGCCAGCCUGGCCGUCCAUCCCAAACUCAACGACCAGGUCAACGUGUUUAUUGCACUCGCCCCGGCCAUGUCCCCUGCGGGUUUGUCUAACGGUGUGGUCGACGCUCUCGUGAAGGCCUCCCCGCAGGUUUUGUACCUGCUCUUCGGCCGCCGCUCUAUCCUGAGUUCAGCCACCAUGUGGGAAUCCAUUAUUUACCCGCCGCUCUUUACCAAGGUCAUCGACUUGGGGCUCUCGUUCCUCUUCGCCUGGCGCACCGAAAACAUCAGCACGUCCCAGAAACUGGCUGCCUACCCACACCUUUACUCCUUCACCAGCACCAAAUCUGUCGUGCACUGGUUCCAAAUCAUCCGAACCAAGUCCUUCCAGAUGUACGACGAUGACGUCCACCCUCCUAUGCUCCUCUCAUCCGCCAGUCGGUACACCAAAGUAGCCAAAUACCCGACCCGCAAUAUCAAAACGCCGAUCGUACUGGUUUACGGCGGCAGCGACUCGCUCGUCGACAUCAAAGUCAUGCGCCGGGAACUGCCCUCUCAAACGGUCGCCACCGAAAUUCCGCACUACGAGCACCUCGACUUCCUCUGGGCGCGCGACGUUCAUGAGCAAGUCUUCCCACAUGUAUUUGACGCGCUUGAGAGCUUCACUGGCGGCGAGCACACCCGUGAGGAAUAUGCGCGGUAUAAGCUCGCGCGGCAAACCUCGAACAUGGCGAUGAACACCCUGCAACAACAACAACAGCAGCAACAACGGAGAGGGAGUGAUGUAGUAGAGAGCGAUGUCAGCACCACCGUGGGCGGGGGAAGCGUCCACGAAGAUGAGAGCAGCGAAGCUGGGGGUCCCACCCACGCCGCAAUAAACGAGACACAUAUCCCUUCUCCAACCGGUGGGCCUCCUGGAAUUUCUCGGCCGCGGGGGAGUUCCAGAAGCAGCCAAGACAAUGAAUUCUUAGCCACGGGGCAAAGCGCGGUGGCCGGCAAGUCGUCGUCAGAUGGGGUUGACAUUUUGAAUAGGGCCAGUACGUGA